GAGAAGUAUAGACACUCUGGCUCAGAGCGGGAUAAACACGGGACGAAGGUGGAAAAAAUACGAACUCUCCAUCACGCUUUAGACUCGAAUUAAUCACCGUGUGCUCAUUCGGACCGGGAGAUUUGUAGCUGCCGCAGUGGCUUGUUCCAGCAGCGGGCAUUUGCUGCUUGAUACCCGGACGCGUCCGCAGUGCUGGAUUUUGCAGUUCUGAAGUAAAUGAGAUCUACAGACCAACACUCUCUCAUCAUAAAACCUUGACUGGAGGCUUGUCAUCUUAAAAGAUUUUCUCAAAGGGCCUCUGAUUGGAUACUUGAGAAACUGGGAGCACCAAUCAGAUCUCUGCAGCUGUGUGGGACACAAAACGAAAAUCUGGUCAUGAGCGGGGAAUCUGAUGAGAAAUGAGGUCCUCAGAAAACACAAGCACUUCCUGUCCUGUGGGAGGCUAUGCAUGGAAAUGCUCAGAUACGCUAUCUGAAAAGCUAAUGAACAUAAUAAACAAGACUCUGGUCAUAAAUGAAGCUUCCUUUCCAGUGUGACAAGACACCAAGCAUACACUGAAAGGAUAAAAACAAUACUUGUUUUUUUCCCUAAAGCUGAUAUUCCUAACAGCACUGAACAAUCAUCCAUGUGAUUUCAACACGUCCAAUUACAAAUCAAAGACUUGUUGAAUAUCUUUCUGAAUACUGCUAAAGAUCAUAACCUGUGUAAACAAAACAACAAAAACGUCUGGAGCUAUGACUGAAGCACAGAUGUCCAUUUCGUCUGGGUCCAGUGGACAUGGAGGAGGUAUGGUGACCAGUGCCUUACUUUGCUGGGCUAUGGCUCUCGUGUUCCUCUCAUUGACAAGGGUGCCUGUUGUCCAAGGUGAUUGCUGGCUGAUUGAAGGGGAAAAGGGAUUUGUGUGGUUGGCAAUUUGCAGCCAGAACCAGCCACCAUACGAAAAUAUCCCCUUGCACAUUAACAGCACAAUUGUUGACCUGCGACUCAAUGAGAACAAGAUUCGAAGCAUCCACUACUCUUCCUUAAGUCGUUUCGGCAAUCUCACAUACCUGAAUCUGACUAAGAAUGACAUAUCUUACAUUGAAGAUGGAGCUUUCUCAGCCCAAUUUAAUCUCCAAGUGUUGCAAAUUGGCUUUAACAAGCUAAGGAACUUGACCGAGGGAAUGCUAAGAGGUUUGGGACGCUUACAGUACCUCUAUCUUCAGGCUAACCUGAUCGAGACCGUCACAGCCAAUGCCUUCUGGGAGUGCCCUGCGAUUGAAAACAUCGACCUUUCCAUGAACAGAAUUCAGCAGCUUGAUGGUGCUACAUUUCGUGGUCUAUCGAAGCUUACGACUUGCGAGCUCUAUGCAAACCCGUUCAGUUGCUCGUGUGAGCUGUUGGGAUUCCUGCGCUGGCUUGUUGCGUUCCCAAACCGGACAAGUGAGCGGAUGGUGUGCGACACACCCGCUGGCUUUUCCGGCUACAGUCUCUUGAGCCAGAACCCCAGAAUGCCAAGAUUUCGCAAUGCCUUUCAUGCACUUUCCUCUGUCUGCACCGAUGACAAUGUGACACCGUACCUUCACGGCUCUUCGGACGGGAGCACUCCCACGAUGUUGCCUGAUUUGAGCCCUUGCGGACUGGAUGACUGUUCCUCAGGGACAUUUCCAGAAGAGUCCAUAAGCAUCAGUCCCACCUUUCUGGAUCCAGAUGCCCGUCCCAUAAUGAAACUAAAAGAAGUUACCCAAACAAGUGCAAUAAUCAUGAUCCAGAUUCCAAAUCCAUUUCGCAAAAUGUACAUCCUUGUCCUGUACAACAACAGCUUCUUCACGGACAUCCAAAACCUGAAAAGCCAGCGAGAAGAAAUAGAAUUACAGAACCUCAAAUCUCACACUAACUACACGUAUUGUGUGGCGUCUAUCCGCAACUCCUUGAGAUUCAACCACACCUGCCUGACCAUCUCCACAGGGCCAAGGACAUUGCAAGAACGCGUGGCAAAUGACUCAACUGCCACUCAUUACAUCAUGACCAUCCUCGGUUGUCUCUUUGGGAUGCUCAUUGUACUGGGUGUAGUGUUUCAUUGCCUGAGAAAGCGCAAACAUCAAGACGAGCCCAAGAGUAAGAAGCUGGAAAAGAUGAAAAGAAACUUAAUUGAGAUGAAAUAUGGAACUGAACUGGAACAAGGGACUAUAUCACAGCUGUCACAAAAGCAAAUUCUGUCCACUGGCGAAACGGUACAAAGGAUGCCAUACUUGCCAGCAGCCAGUGACACAGAUCAGUAUAAGAUGCAAGAGAUCUCUGGGACACCAAAGACUACAAAAGGGAAUUACAUGGAAGUGAGAUCAGAGCAACCAGAACGCAGUGUGAGGGAAUGCAGCAUUCCUCCAUCGGAAACCAGCCAGGGAUCUGUCGCGGAGAUAUCCACCAUUGCAAAAGAAGUGGACAAAGUGAACCAGAUCAUCAACAACUGCAUCGAUGCACUCAAAUCCGAUUCGACGUCAUUCCAGGCCGCAAAAUCCGGUGCCGUGUCCACAGCGGAGCCGCAGUUAGUCCUCAUAUCAGACCAUCCACCAGGCAAGUCUGGUUUUCUGUCCCCAGUGUACAAAGGAUCGUACCAUCAUCCCCUGCAGAGGCACCACAGUAUGGAUGCCCCACCAAAGCGCGCAAGCACGUCCUCGAGUGGUUCCUUGCGCAGUCCGCGCUCUUUCCGUUCUGAAGGAGCUUACAGAUCAGAGUCCAAAUAUAUUGAGAAGGCCUCUGCGCUCGAUGAAUCAGGCAUCAUAACAGUCACGCCAGCGGCUGCGAUCCUGAGGGCAGAGGCGGAGCGGAUUCGACAGUACAGUGAGCAUAGGCACUCCUACCCCGGUCCCCACCACAUAGAGGAGUCGAUAGAGGUGUCAGGGAGCCGGAAGUCAUCCAUUCUUGAGCCGCUGACGCGCUCGAGACCUCGGGAGCUGUCCUAUUCGCAGCUCUCACCACAGUACCACAACCUAAGUGGCUAUUCCAGUCCUGAGUACAGCUGUAGGCCUUCUUUUAACCUGUGGGAACGUUUUAAACUCCACCGCAAACGUCACAAGGAUGAGGAGGAGUACAUUGCAGCAGGUCACGCAUUAAGGAGGAAAGUACAGUUUGCCAAAGAUGAGGACCUACAUGACAUUCUGGACUACUGGAAAGGGGUCUCUGCUCAGCAGAAAUCAUGAUUGCUGUUUUUAUAGCUCAUCCAAUUAAAGAAGACUACACCAAUCUCUGGACCAAACCAGCCAGUAUCAAUGAUUAAGUGACAAGCAAGCACUCACUUUUAGAGAAAUAGCUUAGAAGUAUUGCUAGCUCUUUUCAAUCAUUCUGUUUGAGAAUGAAAACUAAAUACAAGAUACUGUAGAUCUUGCAGUGAGUGUACGUGCCAAGUGGUAAGAAUAGAAAACUUUUAACAGUAUUAACCUCAACUCAACAUUUGAUUUUUAUAUAUUGGGAAUAACAAUAAACUACUAUUAUAUGAUCAUCGUCAUCAUCAUCAUGACCAUCAUUGAUUAGUAGUAUUACAGUUAAGAUUGAUUCUUCUUAUUAUUACAAUUAAUCUUUGGUUAUCGCAUGGCCGUGUCCUGUGACAGUAUUGACUGUUGUGUACUUGGAAAAACAUACAACUCAAAAUGUCUGCCGAACACUGUUCUCCCCAACGUUAGGUUUUUAUACAGACUGUGCAACUUUGAAAACGCUCUUUUUUUCUUCUUCUUUAGCGACUGUUCAAAGGACAACCGCUGAAUUUGCUACAGAAGCACACCUCGACUGGAUUUUAAAACAACGACUUUUCAGAAAAAAAAAGCUUCUCUCACUGCUUUCUCCAUUCAUUUUUUGUAAAGUUUACAAUUUCAAACAUACAAUGAAUGUUUCAAGUCCUUAAGACUUACACCUGCAACGUGAUUACAAUUACAUACAGACACAGCUGUGCAGGUAAAACUGUCUUUCUAUGGUUGUAUUUCAUUAACAGACGUUCAAGCAGUGCUACUGAGGAAACUGAACCCACAAACUCCACACAAGUCCUGCAUAUUGGAGAAUGAAUGUACUCUGUUGUAAAACUAUUACAAUAUUUGGGGCCUAGUUCUGCCUCAAACCUAGUUUGAUUCUAGUUUGCAAGACCUUCAGAAAUAUUUCCUAUUUAGAUAUUGCUACAACAUGCCUACUUUAAACCACUGUGAACCCCAAGAGCUAAAUCAGUCCUGGUGGGUUUUUAUCUUCUUCUUCUUUUCACUGAGAUUCAACAGAGCUAUGUCUUCUACAGCUGUUAAUCCAGGUCUAAAGUGCUGAUCUAGGCAGCCCUAAUAGCAUAAUCUUUUCUCACCGCCAUUAAUGCUGAUAGACAAUUUAGAUUCCACUGAUUUGAACAAUGGAAUUGGCCUCUAAAUUUUGAGGAAGCAAAUCUUAAGACCUGUACUGUGAAACCAGACAUUACAACACCCUGCUUCGUGGAGUGAAAUAACAUGACAUUUAAAUUAUAUCUGAAUCAAAGUGCAUGUCAAAUACUUGACAGAAAUGCUGUCAACCAAAUAUUAAGGCCUAGAGUGCAGUGCACAGUGUUGUUUUUUAGCCUUCGUAUCCCCUAUCCCAAAACACGAGUGGAUCGUUUUAGAAUUUUUCCUGGUCGAGGUAAUAUGUUAAACAAUGCCAUUCUGCCGACUGAUUUUGUGAAUGAAAAUGCCAUUGUCAGAAUGAUUGUUGUCAUACUGAGCAUAAUUAUUGCUUAUUGUUCUGAAAUUGGAAAUGGUUUCUCUACGGCAGCUUGAUCCUGAACAUGCACUGUCAUCUUGUACCUAACAUGAAGAUUGUUUCUGUUUUGUUUUACAAUUAAGUUUAAAACGUUUAGCCAAUUCCAGGUAAUUCCUGUGAGAGCUAAAUGAAUGUCUACAAGAAAGGACUAAUGCAUGAUAAUAGGGACAGCAUAAUUAUUUAAUCAAAAUGUCUGUAUAAUUAAUGGAAUCAUCAAGGUCCUCUUUAAACAACCAGAAGAUUUCUCGGAUCUUUCCCUUAAUUUGUGCGUGAAUAAAUCUUAAAUAUUUGAUUAUCAUACUCAAAUCUUUGAAAACAUGUCCCCAGUGCAAAUCCAUACUUAUUCAGGCUCAUUCAACUUACAUUCACUGUAUCUCAUUAACAGGUUUGUUGAGUUGAUUUUCAUCUCCUUAUACUGCAAACUGUAGCACUCCAGAUUUUCCAUGGACACUGAAAGUAAGUUGAAAAUGACUUGGUGAAUGUACAGCAGCCUGAAAACAGCCAUAUGUAUGGGCUGAUUGUAAGAGAAAAAGAAUGGAUUUCAAAGGGCUUUCAUGUCUGGUGGAAAUGUCAAAGAGCACAAUAAAAAUGGUUUUAUUUCUUAAAGAAUAAAUACUUUUUUCACGGACACAUAUUGUGCUUAAGACUUAGCUUAAGUUAAGUCUCCUGUUGUGUUUUUGUGAGAACACACUGAGGUAGGCUGAAAUGCAACUGCAUGUCCUAUUGUUUGGGUCUGAGGGACUUAUACCAUACUAGACAGCAGCCAACAUCUCACAAUGCAGUCCAAAAGUUUGAAUCUGGGAUGUCAAGAUUAAACCUGGAAAUCAAAAACUGUACAAAUGUUAGGACAUAAAAUGAAUCAGAUACAUUUAAGAUUCUGCACUUUACUAGCCUGGGAAAACCCAGACAACUUCCGGCAAAUUUAGAU